AAGUGUAAAGACUCAAGAUGCCUGAUAGUGCAAUGGAAGAGGAUCUUUUGGGUCCAGAAUGGUUGUUCGGGGAGUUGAGAUCACAGGAUGGUCCCAACAAACUUCUUAUUCUGGACUGUAGAGCACACUCGGACUUCUCUGAUGCUCAUAUAAGAGGUUCGGUACCUCUGACUAUACCCAGUAUCAUGUUGCGAAGAUUGGCUGCUGGUAAAGUGGACCUCUUGUCCACAAUACGGUGCUUAGAUCUGAGAAACAGAGUGGAAAUGUUUCUGUGUGGAGAUGAAAACAGAAGAGGGACAUUUGUACUAAUCGGUGACACUACAGAUUCUGGAGGUCAUCAGAGUGAAACAUUACAAGUUUUAACCCGGAGACUUAAAAGCAGUGGAGGAAACGUUGCCUCUUUAAUCGGUGGUUUUGAAGCAUUUAAAGAUAAAUAUCCAGAGUGGUGCGAAGGUAGUCAAGCCACUAAUGAAUGUGACCCAGGUCAGGACAAUAACGAUGGUGAAUUAAUGGGCCUUAGAUCCCUUCGGAUAUCCACUCCACCAACCAGGUCUUACUCAGACUCUGACAGUGACAGCACAUGUGAUUCAAUUGGUCCGGAGGAAGAUAAAGAUUUUCCGGUGGAAAUUCUACCUCAUUUGUAUCUCGGUAACGCGGCCAAUAGUGAAGAUCGCGAGGCUUUAGCGCGGCACAGGAUACAGUACAUACUCAAUGUGACACCGGAUUUGCCAAAUGUGUUUGAAAGCGGCGGUUCAAUAAAGUACAUGCAGAUACCGAUAAGCGAUCACUGGAGUCAGAACUUGGCUAGUUUCUUCCCACAGGCGAUUCAGUUUAUAGAGGAGGCACGGAACUCAGAUAAGGGAGUGUUGGUACAUUGUUUGGCCGGAGUUUCUCGGUCUGUCACGAUCACCGUGGCUUAUCUUAUGCAUAAAUGCAGUCUCAGCCUGAAUGAUGCUUUCAACCUAGUACGUAGUAGAAAGUCCAAUGUUGCACCGAAUUUUCACUUUAUGGAGCAGUUACACAGCUUCGAGCAAGAAUUGAGGGACCGAGGGGGAGAAAACAAGAAUAACGACCAAAGGUGCAUCGGGGCAUGCCGGCCCAAUGGACCCUGCAAUUGUCCAGCGCCCAGUUUCCUGAGCCCUAUUGAUCUGGGACUCAGUCCCGACUCAGGAAUCGAGUUUGACAGGUGGGCGGCAAGUACACCGGCCGAAUGAAACGAACUUGGGGGUACCCAAUACAAAUUUUAGGUCUCCGUCACGUAUUAUCAGGAAAAUCCUGAUCGAACGCGUUAUGAUAACGCGCUUUAUCAUUUUUGAUAUGUGAGACGCAUUAAAGUCCGCCCUUCGCGGUAUCUCCAGAUGAAAUGGGAUAUUAGUCGCGUUUGGCGAGCACUGAGACGUAGCUGUUAGAGGCAUCCGAAGUUAGUUAUCGCGCCGAUAUCUCGUAAUUUCUCGAUUUUUUCUAUCGAGCCUCUCAUUCCUAGCAUAAUUAUUAUAUUGCUACGUUUAUUAAAGAUACAUAAAGCAUUUGAAACUCUGAUUUUGAUUAUUUGAAUUCUAAAAUUGAAUUUUAAAAAGAUUAUAAUUUCUAAAGAUACUCAUGCAAGUAGUGUCUUUAAUAUCGUACUACUCAUGCAAUAUUUGACGUUAUAUACAAGAAAAUGAACUUUUGUCUGAAUUCAGAAAUAAUUGAGGAAUGAGAGGAUUAAAAA